GGUCGGCAAUUUCACCUGCCUUGAAAGGUGCUGUUAGAGUGCAGCAAUAUUCCAGCCUAGAUAGAACAAGUGACCUGAAGAGUGUCAUCAUGGGCUUGGCCUCCCUAUCGUAUCUUGGGAGGAUUCAACCAGAUGGCAAUUGUGAAAGUUGGAAGUAGGGUAGACAGUUUAAGCAGAAGACUAGUCAAUUAGUCAAUAGGAUGGCUGUGGUAUCUUGAUGUGUCAGCAAGCCUAACACUACUUUUGUGCUCCCUAAGUCUGUCAGAAAGAGAUUGCCCAGUUUCUCCAAAAUACUGAAGAGGACAGGAGAAACAAGAAAUAGAGCAGACACCAGGAGCAUCUAUAUAAGGAUGAGAGGCAUGAACAAGAUUAGUGCGAAGAGUGUUAGUCUAGCAGAAAGUAAGUUUGAUGUCUAAGGAACGGAGAGAGUUGUCGAGAUCAGAAAGACCGGAAAUGUAGGGAAGGCAAAGGGCAGGAAACUUCCCAGGAGUAGAGAGUUUGGGAGAGAAGAAAGUUGGUGAAGGUUUUGACCAGCCAAGAAGCAAGAGAAUGAGAGAACCUCUAGAGGAUAUGAUAGGACACACCAGAAUAUCAGGUUCAUGGUCAAGUUGGACCGAAACAACAUCGUAAGCUCCUCUCUUCUAUGUGCGGAAUAUUUAUGUAUAGUUCCAGUCACGGUAUUGUGCCUUUUUUUGUUAUUUAUGAAUGGUAUAUUGAUUGAAAUCUGACAUGAUGAGGGAGCUUGCUUAUCCCUCUUUUUUUUCCCAUCAGUUGGCUACAUCACUCCAGGGCAUCACCAGCAUUUUGACCUUGGGUGUGUUCGGGUCUUGAAGCGGACAUAAGUAAUUGGGUGUCCUGUACUGAUUUCACCAUGUCACCAUCAAACAUUGAAGUGCUAACACUCCUGUGUCUGUUCGUAUGGUUGGGUUUGGACGAGAGAAAACACAAGGUCAUUGAUGUAAAUGAGAAAGAGAAGUGGGCCAAGGACACUACCCUUACCCUGUGGGACUCCAACAAGAACAGGUUGUGUGGUGGAGUUAGCUCCAUUUGUGUAUACAUACUGGCUUCUAUUGUUAAGAUAAGAUUUAGGUAAUCAAGAGUGUGUCCUCUGACCCCAUAAUGUUCGAGUUUUAGGUGGAAUAGGUCAUGGUCAACUGUAUCAAAAGCUUUUCAAAGGUCUAUGAAAAGUCCCAGGGGAAUUUCAGUGCUGAAUAUAUUAAUUUAACCCUUUCAGGGUCCAAGGCCAAAAUCUGAAGGGGUGCCCCAGUGUUCAAGAAAUUUUGAAGAAAAAAAAAAAUUGUUUCUUACAGAAUUAAAGAUAAUUUUUUUGUGAAGGCAAUAACACACAAAAAAAAUUCUGACCAGUACUUACCGAGAUACAGCGGCGGGAAGUUGACCCAAAAUGACCGGGUGGCGGCAAUAUCAGCGACUUCCGCAAAAUCGCAUUUUUUUAUUUUAUGUUUUUUAUACUUUUUUCUUUUUUCUAAUUAUUUUCUUUUUCUAGUAACAUUUGUGGCCUGUGAGAUGAAUAUAAUGUAUAUUGUAUAAGAGUACACUCGUUUAACACAAUAACUGCACUAAUAAGUUUAUCAUUAUAUUGCUUACAAAACUUGUUUACAAGUUUAUUGUAGAUGAAUGGUUCAGAGAACCGACAUGUUGUUGAAUUAGACACAUGUGCAACUCUUGGGUAUCUUUAUUGAGGAAACGUUUCACCACACAGUGGCUUCAUCAGUCCACACAAAGGAGAAACUUGAAGAACAGGAGGAGAAUGAGGUAAUCAGUCCCUCAGCCUUGAGUUGAUGUGGUCAGUCCUGUUCUUCAAGUUUCUCCUUUGUAUGGACUGAUGAAGCCACUGUGUGGCAAAACGUUUCCUUAAUAAAGAUACUCAAGAGUUGCACAUGUGUCUAAUUCAACAAGUUUAUUGUAAAUAAAGUGAUGAAAAUAUUAGUGCAGUUAUUGUGUUGAAUACGACUGUACAAUAUAGUACUAUAUGGUACAAUGGUGCCAUAGGGUGCAAUGGUACCAUGUGGUACAAUGGUACCAUAUGUUAAAAUAUGGUACAAUGGCACCAUAGACUCUUUUCAAAAGCCACUUAAUAACCCUAGACUAAAUGCUAAAUAUUCAAUACACACAUACUCACCUAUGUACUCCCACAUCAUAACUUCAACAAUCACUUGGAACCUCUUAUCCAUUGUUGACAGGAAUAUAAUUGAACCAUUGUUUUUCACAAUAAGCAUUUUAGACUAUAUGAAUAUAUCCUUUGUCUUAUACAAAUUUAAUUCACUUAUAAUUAAUAACCUACUGUUCAACUAUGAAAUAACUGCUGUCCUACUGUAUCAACUAUGAUAAAAUCCUUAGUAUUAAGUAGUCUGUAAGCCAAUAAUGUUAAGUUGGCCCAUAAUGCCUAGGCAUAAUAGAGGCUCACUUUGCAUUGCAACCCACUAUUGUAAAUAUAAAAUCUCAAUAUACUGUUUGCAAAGACAUAAAAUAAAUAAAUAUGAUACAAUGGUACCAUAUAGUAGAAUAUGGUACAAUGGCACCAUAUGGUGCAAUGGUACCUUAUCAUUCCAUAUGGUGCAAUGAUACCAUAUGGUUCAUUGUACCUAUAUGGUACUGUUGUAUUCAACACAAUAAUAUUUUCAUCAUUAUUUCAUUUACAAUAAUUGUUCACAACAAAAAUAUGCAAAAAUGUUGUAUAUUCGUAAUGUUCUAUUAUAUACAGUGGUCCCCCACUUUUUGUAGUUCCCGGCAAUCGUAAAAUUCGCCAAUCAUAGAGGUAUUUUCGUAUAAACAUGGACUCGCUUUUCAUAGGUUGACUCGCGAGUCGUAGUUCGUCCGGGACGCGUACCCACGGCGUGAGCCAGGGCGGCAGCCAGUCUGGCAUUGUUUACCAGUGAGCGAAGGUCCCCUCACGUGCUUCAGCGAAAUAUUUCAUAAUAUUCCAUUUAUUUUAGUGCUUGCAAGUACUAAAUAAGCUACCAUGGCUCCAAAGAAAGCUCCUAGUGCCAAGCCUGUGGUAAAGAAGGUGAGAAAUACGAUUGAAUUUAAGAAAACCAUCAUUGAACAAUAUGAAAGUGGUACAAGUGUGGCCGAACUGUCCAGGAUGUAUAAGAAACCCUACACAACCUUAUGUUCCAUAGUGGCCAAGAAAAAUGAAAUAAAAGAUGCUGUUGUUGCAAAGGGAGUAACUAUGCUGACAAAAAUGAGAUCACCAGUACUGGAAGAGGUUGAGAAGUUGUUAUUGGUGUGGAUAAAUGAGAAACAAUUAGCAGGAGAUACUCUUAUGACUUCGUUUAUUUGUGAAAAGGCUAGGCAGUUGCAUGAAGAUUUGGUAAAGAAAUUGCCUGCAAAUAGUGGUGAAGUGAGUGAAUUUAAGGCCAGCAAGGGCUGGUUUGAGAGAUUUAAGAACCGUACUGGCAUACACAGUGUGGUAAGGCUUGGUGAGGCUGCCAGUUCGGACCACAAGGCGGCUGAAAAAUAUGUGCAUGAAUUCCAGGAGUACAUAGAGGCUGAAGGACUGAAACCUGAACAAGUGUUCAAUUGUGACGAAACAGGCCUCUUUUGGAAGAAAAUGCCAAAGAGGACCUUCAUUACACAAGAGGAAAAGGCAAUGCCAGGACACAAGCCUAUAAAAGACAGGCUGAUGCUAAUGUUCUGUGCUAAUGCUAGUGUACCAUUCUGAAAAUCCCAGAGUGUUCAGGAAAAACAAUGUUAUGAAGAGUAAACUGUGUGUGUUUUGGAAAUCUAAUAGUAAGGCAUGGGUCAUGAGGGAAAUUUUCGUCGAGUGGUUCAAUGAAGUGUUUGGCCCUAGUGUGAAGGAGUAUCUCCUGGAAAAGAAAUUGGAUCUCAAGUGCCUGCUAGUAAUGGACAAUGCACCUGCUCAUCCUCCAAACUUGGAUGACCUAAUUUUCGAGGAGUUUGGGUUCAUCACAGUAAGGUUCUUGCCCCCAAAUACCACUCCUCUCCUCCAACCCAUGGACCAGCAGGUUAUUGCAAACUUUAAAAAAGUCUACACAAAAGCAAUGUUUCACAGGUGCUUGACCGUGACCAGACACUCACUUGACCCUAAGGGAAUUUUGGAGAGAACACUUCAGCAUCCUCCACUGCAUAACCCUUAUAGGUAUGGCUUGGGAGGGAGUGACUACCAGGACUUUGAACUCUGCCUGGAGAAAAUUGUGGCCAGAUUGUGUCGACAUGAGGGAUUUUGAAGAAUUUGGGACUGACCCUAAUGAGCCUAUGUCUGUUGUAAAAUCAAUUGUGGCACUGGGGAGUUCCAUGGGGUUGGAUGUGAGUUUGGAGGAUGUGGAAGAAUUGGUGGAAAACCACAAUGAAGAGCUCACCACUGAGGAGCUGCAAGAACUUCAGCAGGAAGAGCAACACAUCGCAGCUCAGAAUCUUGCUGCAGAGGAGGAGGAAGAGAGAUGGAAGAAGGUGCCUUCUUCAGAAAUUAGAGAGAUUUUUACUAUGUGGGGUAAGAUGGAAAGCUUUAUGGAGAAACAUCACCCUAACAAGGUUGUUGCAAGCCAGGUUAGCAACAUUUACAGUGACAAAGUCUUGGGCCAUUUUAGGGAAGUGUUAAAGAGAUGCCAGAAACAGAGCUCUCUCCACAGUUAUUUUGUGAGACAGGACUCCAGUGACUCUCAAGGUGGUCCUAGUGGCAUUAAGAAACAGAGAAGAGAAGCAACCCCAGAAAAGCAAAUGGUACCUGAGGUGUUGAUGGAAGGGGAUUCCCCUUCCAAACUGUAAACAAUCCACUCUCUGUCCUCCUCCAGUCUCCCAUACACUAAGAAGAAUCUCCAAUAAAGGUAAGUGUUACGCUGUUAAUGUUUCAUUCAUCAUUUCCCAUUGUAUUGUUUAUGUGCUACAUGCAUAUUUCAUGUUAAAAAAUUUUUUGUUUUAAUACUUCUGGGUCUCAGGAACGGAUUAAUUGUAUUUACAUUAUUUCUUAUGGGGAAAAUUGAUUCGUAAAUCGUAAAUUUCGUUUAUAGUAAUGGCUCCAGGAACGGAUUAAUUACGAACAACGAGGGACCACUGUAUUUACAAAUGUACAGCCACUCGACAUGUUCCUUGAGGUGGAUGACAAAGAUCUUUGUCUUGGAAACUGCCGAGUCACUAGCUAGCUUGCGUCGCCACUCACUCAGUCUUGGCUGGUGUCUCGUGGCAUCAACACCACCUAUUGACUAUAUGGUACAUGGUAUCAUAUGUUACAGGGUACCAUAUGGUACACUGUACUAUAUGGUAUAAGAUACCAUACAGUACAGGAUACCAUAUGGUGCAGGGUACCAUAUAGUGCAGGGUACCAUAUGGUGCAAGGUACCUUAUGGCACAAGGUACCUUAUGGCACAAGGUACCAUAUGGCACAGGAUACCAUACAGUACAGGACACCAUAUGGUGCAGGGUACCAUAUGAUACAGGACACCAUAUGGUACAGACACAGGGAUCCCUAUGGAAAUAAGUCACCUUGACUUUUUUGGGUUAUCCUAGGAUUUUAUACAUAUGCUGCUAUGUAUGAUAAUCUAUGUAACUGUAUUUGUGUACACCUGAAUAAACUUACUCAAGCACAUGUGGCAUUGUAAGUUUAUUUAGGUAUACACAAAUAAAGUAACAUCGAUUAUCAUACUUAGCAGCAUAUGUUUGGAGAACCUAGGAUAAUCCAAAAAAAAGUCAGACAGAUUCAUUUCCAUUAGGGUCCCUGUACCAUAUGGUACCAUUGUAC